AUGGUGCUAGUGGAUGCAAAUUAUAAAUUCAUUGCCGUCGAUGUAUGUGCUUAUGGGAAGAAUAGUGACGGUGGAAUUUUCGCGAACUCUAGUUUUGGAAAAGCCCUUGAGAAGAAUAAAUUAAACGUACCAAAAGAUAGAAACCUUCCUGGAACUCAAUCUCCAGCGCCUUUUGUAAUUGUUGGAGAUGAGGCAUUUCCCUUAAAACCUUAUUUGCUUAGACUAUAUCCAGGGUCAACGAUAAAUGGGGACAUCGAAAAACAAAUAUUAAAUUAUAGAUUGUCUCGAGCUCGUCGUGUAUCGGAAAAUGCUUUUGGAAAUUUGGUACAAAAAUUUAGAAUUUAUUUUAGAAGCAUAAAUUUAUUCCCUGAGAACGUAGAUAAAGUAAUAUUAACGACAUGUAUUUUACAUAACUAUAUCAAAGACAAUAUACUGAUGGCACAGCAUUUCGACCCUAUCGAAGGAGAACCUAACUGGUCAAAUCUACCAAGGCAAGGAGGAAAUGCAAACAAUUCUGCAUUUUAUGUACGUGAAACAUACAAAACUUUUUUUAAUAGUGAUAAAAUUUCAGUAAUAUAA